AUGGAAAUUUCUAGUGAAAACUUAUCUAAACAUACUAUGAACUUCAAUAAAGAAACUUCUAUAGUACAAGAAACAGUACAAAACACUGACAUAGAACCAGAAUCUUCUCAAAAACAAACAACUUCCUUGAAGAAGAAAAUGCAAAAAAACAACAUAGUUAUUAAUAUAGAAACUCUCUCUUCGAAUGAAGAAAAUAUAGAUAACUUUACAGAAAAUAUGAUUUUAGAAGAAACAAUUGCAGACCUUCAUAGUCUUCAAACUAAAUAUCAAAAAAAUACAGAAAACAUAUUCUUUAUCUUAGUCAUAUAUAAAAAAAAAAAACACAAAGAAUCAAAGUUCUAUAAGACUUCUAACAAAGAAAACUAA